UCUCUGUGAAAUAAAUAAAAUCCUAAAAAGAUAAAUAAAAAAAAUCAAAACCCUCAUUUUUCUUUCUCUACUUUUGUUUCCUUCGCAGACAGCACCAUCACUGAACAUUUUUCUACUUUUGUUUUCUAUUGUCUUCCCUCAAAGAGUAGGUUCAAAAAGACAGGACCGCUUCCAGGAGACUAGCGCUGGGGAGAGGAAGGUCGCGAGUAUAUCACCUUUAAGGAAAAAUGAAGUUUUUAGGUGACUAUUUUGUACAAUAAAAAUCGAAUUGACAUGGACUCUUGGUCCUUGCUGCUCAAGAAAUGUCUUCACUUUCAGAAUAUGCCUUGCACAUGACUCGUCUGAGUGCCCGGCUGUUCGGUGAAGUGGCAAGGCCUACUGAUUCCAAAUCCAUGAAAGUGGUGAAACUGUUCAGUGAGCAGCCUCUGGCCAAGAGGAAGGAGACUUAUGACUGGUAUCCAAAUCACAACACUUAUUUUGCGCUCAUGGGGACUCUACGUUUUCUUGGCCUCUAUAGAGACGAGCACCAGGACUUCAGGGAUGAGCAGUUGCGUCUAAAGAAGCUUCGUGGCAAGGGGAAACCAAAGAAAGGAGAAGGGAAAAGAGCAGCAAGAAAGAAAGAGUGCUGGUCCAUCAGGAGAACAAAGCUCUUUCUCAGCAACUGACAGCAGAAGAAGGUGUAUUUAUCUUUCCACAUAUUCAAGGAAUGUAAGCUUCCGAAAUUGAAGAUUAUUUGGAGAAACACAAUCAUUUCUGUGUUGAAGUCCAAUCCAGUUGAAUUGUGACUGGUUUCCUGGACACAGUCUAAUUCUGCAAAGUUAUUUUGGCCUUGGUUUCAUACUCUGAUGUUUACCUCUUUCUCUAAAGAAAUGAAUGCAUAGGUGAUUGAAGAAUGACUCACUUGAUAUGGGAAUGGGAUGUUGGGGACAUGGGGAACUUAAAUGAGCAUCCUUUAGUCUCCCCAGGAUCCCUUCUUGCUUCCCCACUACACCAGCCCUGAACUCUUCCAUCCCUCUGGCUGUUCAACCACUGUCUCCACCAACAAGCUCACAAACUUCAUGUACCUCUCCACAUACCCUUGGAGAGUAUCUACUAAGAUAGAUUUGUGGGAAAAGUAUCUACCUGUUAAGAGAGUACUGAGUGAGUACCUGCUGGGCCCUAAUAAUAUCAUGGUUAGGAAGAAAAAACAGUCCCUACCUCAUGGAACUUUCAGGCUUGUGGGAAAGACUAAUAUCAUUACAUAAGUAAAAUUGUAUUAAAUGCUACAAAGGAAAAAUACAGAAAAAAAAAAAAGACAGGACCACGUUUUUAUUUGCCACCAGGGUCUAGUACCACAGCACUAGACAGCACCUAGCAAAUACCUGUUGAAUGCUAUCCCAUUUGUGAGGCAAGCCCUAUAGUAAUAUUCCCACUUAUGCCCAUAGUCACUAAAAAGUACCUAGAAAACUUUAAAAUAUCACAAUGUGUUAUUUUAAGUUAUUCUUUUCAGAAAUAGUUAUUAAACAUAAGAUAAUGGCUUCCAAAUUUCUCUCAACAGUAAGAAAAUUACAAUAGUAACUGAAACAAAGGUUCACAAAAUCAUACUUACCCUUGCUAAGGGAGCUGUACUUUGAUAUUUUCUAGUUCAUGUCGUAAGACAGUAUAACCAUUUUUAUGUGCUUUUUCUAAACUAUUAAAGUGGAAAGACAAUGAUGAAUGAUGUGUACUGCUGCAAGGUUUUGGUUUUUCAUUCAUGAUUUCAAUAAAUUAAACCAAUACCACUAAUUCAAAAAUGCAAAAUUAAUGUUAGGGGAAAGGUAAUUCAAUUACCUUACCAAUUCAAAAUUAUCACAUUCAAACUCUAGAAUAACAUUAUAACCAUAUUCAUUAAAAAAAAAAAGCAACCUACAGACACAGGAUUUUCAGAUUAGGAACUCCUUUCUAAGGAGGAAUCCCAAAGUGAUCUCAAAUUGUAAAGAGAAGAAUGAGAACCGGCGUAGGUCUUCCCAUCUCAUCUAAUAGCAAUUCUAUUCCUCCUGACCUAUAGGACAAAAACCUUGGUGCCAUUUUUUAUUUCUCUCACUCCUCAAAUCCAAUGCAU